AUGGAAUCUACCAAGUUGAAACUGAAGACAAACGGACGUGAAGUAAUACGCAUUCAAGGCGUCUAUAUGUACAUAAUUAAUCAGAAUGGACAAGUAGGAGCUAUAAUGGGAUUUCAUCCUCUGAUUGUGGUUAACUACGAGGAUGCUAACGACCGGGAGCCUCUGAAGGGUUACAUGCGAGUUGAUCGCUGGAUUUAUCCACUUGCACGCUCAUUUUCACCAAUCUUUGUUUGGGGUCCAGACCGUUUAGUCAUGCCCGAGCCUUUCUCUACUCUGACCGAGCCUGUUUAUGUGGUUAUUCGUCUGCCACUUGCCAUGUCUAGAUACCAGAAGGAUACUCUUUGGAAUUUACUCAAUGUCACUGCUCAUCUACGCGGUCAUUUCACCCAUAUUUCAGUCGAUAAACUGGAGUCGAUGGACCAGUUGUUUGAACUGACGGAAAUUACACCAGACGAUAGGCUUAAAUUAGACAAGGCACAAGAGGGUGUAUGCCCUCAAGGCACACAAAACCUACCGGGUCUUGAUGAUCCCAACAUGAUUCACAAACUGUUAGCGUUUGAAAAAGGUGAAGCCCGGCUAAGUGUGUGUUUUGGUAACCUAAAAGAAAGAAAAAUAUUAUUGGAAGAGUCCGCGAAGGAGAUAAGUCGUUCCAAACGGGAAGGAAAGCCUUACAAAGUUGCCCCACUGCAUCAGUCCCUUCAUCCGGUGAAUCGUGAGAACUUUAGUGCCCUUAAUCUGGCUGGACAAAAAGACUGGAAGGUGGCAUCACCUGGGGGUGUACCGAAUCUCAUCCCACUGCCCAAGCUGCGAGGAAAUCUGGUUAGACUCUAUGUCUUAGGUCCGCGAGACGCGCAACACAUCAGUUGUUCCACUGUUGUUGAGUGGCUUCCGAUUUCACAGCUUAUGCUCAACGCUGUGAAUGAAGCGUUCAGAGAACAAGUGAGACUAAGACAAGAGAAAGAACAGUAUGGCGUCCCGCCUAUCUUUGAAGGUCGACGUAGAAGAUGGCUUAACCAUUGGGGUGCCCCAGAAUCUAUGAACCAGUUCAAUGUGGCUAUGAUUAACAAACCAAGAGAAAGCGGCCCUUAUUUAGAUUUGAAGAGGACUGAUCCCGCUUACACCCUCAUGUUCCACAAUGCAAUGACUCUACAAAACUUGGAAAAAGCUGCAGAAGUUUUCGAUUACGCGGUCGAUGAAUGCAAAAUUGAAUUGCUCAGCUACUUUCCGGGCGUGUCUGAUAUGGACCGCAGCUCUCCUACACGAUGGCUUGGGGCGCUUAUUCCACGCGAUGUGAUGGUGCGUUAUCGCAAAAUUAUGUCUACAUUUACUACCCUAAUGACACUAAGCGGUACAAUCGAAGGCGAUUUGGUGUACAAAAAACAUGGCAACUAUCUUGAAAGAGCACAUGAAGAAUGUGAACAUCAUUAUCCGAAACUCCGACCUCGAAACCGGCCACUGGAUCCAAAAUAUCCCUACCCUCGACAACCAUCGCCUUACGCUGUGGACCUGUAG